GCCCCCGAUGCCCUGUCUCAGGACCCCAAGGGAAAAACUGCUGAUACAGUUAAGUCCCUUCAUUUUACAGAAGAGGAAACUGAGGCUCAGGGAGGGACGCCAGAGGUUACACAGCCCAGUAGUGGCUGAGAUGAGAUGAAAAGGCCAACGCAAAGUGAGGGUGGCAUGGGGCAAUUCCUGGCUCCAGGCAGGCCAACCUGGACCCUCACUCACUUCACCCCGUGGGUGGGGAGCCAGGCCCCCUGUGCUGGGCCAUGCAGGCAGCCCUCAGGCUGAGCCGCCCCUGUGGCGGCCUCCCACGAGCACCCCCCCCCCCACUGCCCCUCUGCCUGGUUUAUUUCCCCAGACCCUUUCACGACGGCUCUGUCUCUCACAGACUCUCUCUGUCACCUUGUCUCUGUCCUGUCCCCUCUGCCUGGUACCCUCAGCUGUGCCCCAGCUGAGCAGAGCUGUUCUUUCCUGCCAUCAUCCAACCUCGGUCUCGACUCUGGGCUCAAGCCUCCCUUCCAAGAACCAAGGCACAACUCCAUCAGGGCAGAGGCCGGCACUGGCAGUGCCUUGUGUUGGUCACCCACAGGGGAACGAGAGCCAGGCAGACAGCACAUGGAGAUGGCAAAGUUUAGUCACAUCUAAACUUUGGGUCAGGGGCGUAUUUGGAGGCAAGAUGGAGACAACUGGGGCAAAUUCUGCAUGAUGGUCAAUACUCUCCAGCGGCAAAGCACUGGGUGGGCAGACAGACUUGUGCUGGCUCAGGGCAAGGGAUGUCUGACCUUUGUUUACCCCACAUGCUCAGGGAAGGUUUGUGAAAUUGAGCAUGGUGUGUGGGUUUUGAGAGGGUCCGUGUCUUUCCUCAAAGCAAAGGAGAGUGUUCUAUUCAACAGUGUAGAAUUCCGUUCCUUGGAGGAAUCAUGCGUCAGAGGGCUCCCCCAGCUGGCCACACCAGUAUGUGCAUGUGGAGUCCAAGGGGGGGGGGGCGGUCCAAAGCUAAGAGGUGGGAAGAGCUGUCCCCUCCCCCGGCCUUCAGCACACAACUCUCAGGCCCCAUUGGAGGGCUCCUUUGGUCUAGAUGUUGGAGCUCCAGAACAGUGGGGUCACGCAGUGGACGAAGAGCUUGGAAAACUCAAGAGACCUCGCUCUCUUCAAGUAAAUGAAAAGCAGACCCCCCCGCUAGUCUGUGAGGUCAACUUUCUGAGAAUUAAGAGACGUGUUUACCUCAAGACGCUGGGCUGCCAUCUUCCAGAAAACUGCAAAACGACACCUACAAUCACCACGAGUUUGUGGCGCCAUGAACAACCUGAACAGCUGUAGCCAGUGGCCCCGCUAAACACAGAUGACCGAAAAGGGAAGAGGUCCGUGCUCUGUGCUCUUAAGGCUUCCAGCUUUCAGGAGAUAGAUCAGAAGCUGGAGGAUCAGAUUUGGUCUGCAAACAGGAAGAACUUCCUGUCCAUCCGAGUUGCCCAAAAACCUGCAUGUGCUGUUGGGCUCUUGGGAGGUGGCCAGUCCUCCAUCACUGGUGGCAUUUCAGCACGAGCUCAAAAGCCACUUUAGUAGCGAGUGGAGAGUGUUGGAUUUAACCUUCUGAAAUUCCUCGCCCUAUAAGAACUGUGCCAGUGGCUUCUGCCAGUCUGGUGAGCCGAUGACAGGACCCCGGAGCCUGCCAUCCCUGGGCUCCUAAGUCCGUCUCGAGGUGUCGGGUCAACCUCUGGCCGUGCAGCUGGGUGAGACGCGGUAGCUGGGCCUUUCUGCAAAGAGCAGGUUAGGUUUUAAUCAAGCCCCUGUUAGCAUCUGAUUUAAUUUCACAUGGGGGUUGUGCUUUGAUGGAACUUGUCAGCUCCCAGCUGGGUUUGGAAAGCAGCGUGGCCAAGGAAACACCACGCACACGUCCACAGGGCAAGCCGCUUCUGUAGUUGGUUUUGCAGGAGACGGUGCGCGGUGAGGGUUUUGCUGGAGCAGAAGGUGCCCAGGCCACGGUCCCCAAUGGGUGGCCGAGGAGGUGGUCAUCAAACAGCACAGACUCCGCUCAUCUCCCCAAAGCAGGUGCCGUGACAGCCAGCGGGCCUGCGGAAAUGCCUCUUCAAAGCUGGCUUGUUUCUGCCCAGCAACACGAGCUGAGCCCAUCCAUCAGCUGUCCUGCCGCCUGCCAGGGAGGGUCUCUGCUGGGCUUGCCCUGUCAGCUGGAUUGGAAGCGUCGAAUGCAGGCCAACAGGGCUGGGGUUUGGGGGGAGGCCCUCGGAGGAGCUGUCUGUGCCACAGUGAUGGAUGACGCCAACAGGGACGGCAUUCCAGAGAUUUUUAUUCCGUUCCGCACAUCUGGCAAGCUCCUUAACUAGAGCAGCUGCAGAGCCCAUCUCACAAACUCGGAGCUCUUUCCGAGAGACCCCGGCUACAGACCACAGUAAUCCCGGACCGGGGACUUGGAGCAUGGGCUAAAAGAGAUUUCUCAAUGUGUGUUACUUCCUGGAAGCGAAAACCCGUGGAGUUUCACGAAACACAAACCCACAAGGGGCUCCUGGGCAGGUGGAAAAGCAAACCAGACUUGGAGUUGGGUUGACCUGGGCCCUGAUAACACCACUUCCUUUUUUUUUUUUUUUUUUUUCUCUUCUGUGUAAUAGGAAUAGUAAUAACUAUGCCAUGGGGUGUCUCUCGGUUUAAAUAAGAUUAUGUGCAACCACACUUAUUUAGUGGAGUGUCCAGAACAUACAAAAUAGGCAGUAACCAAUCACUGGGAUGAUUUGAGUUAGCUCAGGAUACUUUCAUCAUCCUUCCUGAUAAAUUCUAGAAGCAGACUCUGAUAAAUAGAGAAAUGCACGAAGAUUUCUUUUUACACCUAAUACAAAAUGCUUCUCACAGCUGCUCCCACCUUCGCCCAAAGCCUUCUCCUUUUCUACAGCCUAGAGAAAGCCUCCAAUAAUCUGUAUCUGAACCUGGAGUGUUUUCCAAUAAUCCAGCAAUGGAACCCAAUUUCAUGUCAGGCUGUAAUCCCUCUGUAUGCAGGAAAGCACUUGGACAAGUUUCUAGACUCCUACAGAGCUCAUCGGGCAUUUUCUUCACCAAAUACGCCGGACCCAAAUCUCACGUAGUUUCUCUCCCACACUUCCCAUUUACUCGGUUCCACACAGAUACCAACUUUGCUAGCCGAGCUGUGUGCCUGCCGUGUGCAGGCCAGUCAGAAUGAAGGGAGACCCAAACACAGAGGGAAGAACUCACUUGUCAAAUACAUGCAUUAACUGCAUAGAGGGCUCUGUGCUGGGCACUGAGGGGUAGAAAGAGGAACAGACACGGUCCUUGCUUUUAAGACACCAACACUCUAGUUAGGGGACACAAUCAGAUAGACAAAUAAGGACCAUAAGAGAGAGGUGCCAUCUGAGAUGCAGCCAGGAAACCUAAGACCCUACAGCCUUCUAGGCCACUGGGGAAUGCUAAAGUAGUACCUAAAUUUCUUAUCCCACUAGCAACCCAGUUUAUCAAUCAAGGCCCAUGUAUUUAUUUGUUAUUACUGCAUACUAUGCUAUCCUAAACUGAGUGGCUUCAACCAUUAAUCACGUAUUAAUUCUUAUUCUUAAUAGAAUAAUGUCUUAAUUCUUUGGGUUGGCAAUUUAGACUGGGUUCAGCUGGACCGUUCUUCUGGUCUGGACCAGGCUCAGCUGAUGUUGGCUGGGCCUCCUUACCUGUCUGCAGUCGGCUGGUAGAUUGGCUGGGCUCUCAUAUGUCUGAGGCCUUUGAGGCCUUGACCGGAACUGCUGGGCCUCCUGUUGCCCCACAGGUUCUCUUAUCCUCCAUAGAAUAGGCCCGACCCGUUCACAUGGCAGUCACAAGGGUGUGAGAGACAGAGAGAGAGAGAGAGAGAGACAGAGAGGGAGAGGGAGUGCAAAAGACUUCUUGAGACCCAGCUUGGAGCUAGCACACUGUCCUUCUACCACAUGCUAUUGGUCAAAGCAAGUCCCAAGGCCAGUCCAGACCCAAGGGGCAGGGAAAUCAGUCCAGCUUUUGGUAGGAGGAGCUGCAAAGUCACACUGCAAAAGAUGUGGCUACCGGGAAGGGUGGAGACUUGGGGCCAUUUUUCCCCAUCCAGUUGGCUCAUACAAUGCUAAAAUGCCAACGUGGACCUUGAAGACUUGACCUAGGCCUGGCCACAUCAAGCUCCCCUGACUUUCCACUACCCUUUCAUUUCCUUUCUUGGCUGGAUUUCUUCCCCCACCCACCCUAUUCUGGAAGUUCCUGUGAGUGGAGGCCACUCUUCAUUAUUCCCAAAGCCUCCUCGAACCCGGCAUAAUAGUAGGCCCAUCGUAGGGGCACAACACACUUUUCUUUAACGUUUUUUUGGUUUUGUUUUGUUUUUUUCUGAGAGACAGAGACAGAGCGCUAGUUGGGGAGGGGCAGAGAGAGAGGAAUACACAGAAUCGGAAGCAGGCUCCAGACUCUGAGCUGUCAGCACAGAGCCCGACGCGGGGCUCGAACCCACGAACUGUGAGAUCGUGACCUGAGCCGAAGUCAGACGCCCAACUGACUGAGCCACCCAGGCGUCCCAACACACUUUUCUUAUGUAGACAGUGGGAUUAAGUGCCAACAGAAUAGAAAAGACAACAUCAACUUUAAGUUUGGAGGUGGAGAAACCCUGCCGGGUGAUGCUUCUAUAAAGCAUUCUUGAAAGCGUGUUGCAGCCGCCCCAAAUGUAAAGGAUCUCGGUGCCUUUCCUUGCACAGUACUUCUAUUGGAUGGCUUCUGGUGACCUGGGGCCACGGGACCUCUACUGCUUCUAUCCACCUCAACCAAGGGCCCCAGGCCCUGGGGAGUAGCAGGGACUUUUUGCCUCGUUUCGCAGAAGUAUGACUCCAAGCCUACGUGUUUUAUCCCCUCUUUAACUUCACCGAGGGAUGAGCACAGCUUGUUAACAAAGCCAGAUUCCAGUAAAAAUUCUCGAGCAGACAUUACAGCCAUCCCCCACCACCUAGAAAAGUCACACGGUUCCAUUUAUGUAAAAAGCUUCCCCCUUUCCAAAUAUCUGCAAAGGGAAUGACUCUUAAUGGCGUAGCUGAGAUUAGCCCGUCCGACCUUCAACCUGUCAGAGGGCUGGGAGAAAUCACAGAAGCGCUCCAAAGGCACUUAUCGAUAAACGCCCGUUUGGAAAAACAAAAAUAAAUUCUCUAAGGAAAAAAGAAAUAAACAAAUGAUGUAAUCAUCUCAUUACCCACCCAUUGUCUCUCCCAAAUGUCAGUUUGAAAUCUUUCAUGUCAAACUCAGAAAAACGGUUUUCUCCCCCUCACUUUCUCACUCUCUUUCUCUGCUUUAUCAUGCUAGAUGGAAAGAAACUUUAUUUGCUCUGGGAAGACAAUGGCCUUAUCUUCAACCUAGAUCCUCAUCCCUGGAAAGGUGGCCUCCUCUGGGAGCAUUUUCAGAGCGGGGAAAAGCAGCUCGGGAGAAAUAAUGAGCAAGCAAGGGGAGGCUUGACUUGACACUGUGAUAAAUGAGGUGAAACUUUGGCAAGGAACCAGAGUUGGCGUAUUCAAAAAGGAAAUAAAAAGAUAGUUCCAUUUUAAUGGGAAAUAUAAAACAGCCAUUGUGCGAAAGUCGAUUUUUCAAAAGCCAAAGAGAUAAAGACUAUAAGGGAACGACGGAGAGAGACUGAGAUAAUGUGGUUGAUAAUCAGCCUUAGGUAAAGUGCCAUGCUCCAGCCAUCAGCUGGCUCUGCGGGAGUGCCUUUUCAAGUCGCCCAUCUGCAUUUGCUCCCGCCUCAUUAUCAUAUGCAUCUCUGGACAGCUUCCUUAGAGCUUCAACCUGCCGCCUUGCCAUAUUCCUGCCAGCUGGAGAGAGCAGAGUCAACCCAACUUUCUUCAAAUCCCAAGCUUCUCUCCACGAGCCACAGGAGCUACCAGCAUCUUCCAAGGCCCCAGACAGCAAGGAGCCUGAGUCCAGCCUUAUACACGCUUGCUCUUCCCAACGGACUGGCCCGGUGUGAGGUUUACACCCGUGGACAAUGUCAUAUACAACCCUGUCUUUCACUGGGCAAAAUCCAUGAAUCUUCUCAAGGUUGUCCUUGAGCGAAUCCUAAUUAGCAGGCUGGACUGGACCCCUGACUACUAUGAGAGUAGCUACGAGUAUUACAACCAUGAAGAGAACAGCAGCGAUACUCUUGCCUACCAGGAGAAUCCCGACUGGUACUACACGGAGGAAGAUCCGUGCCUGGACAACCCCUGCAAACGCAAUGGGGACUGCCUUGUCAGUGGGGACACCUUCACGUGCAGCUGUCCAGCCCCUUUCUCUGGACACAGGUGUCAGAAUGUGCAAAACACGUGCAAAAACAAACUGUGUGGCCGGGGCGAAUGUCUCAUUACCCAGAGUCCUCCCUACUACCGCUGCGCCUGCAAACACCCUUACAGUGGCUCAGACUGCUCCACAGCGGUUCCUGCGUGCCGGCCGAAUCCCUGCCAAAAUGGUGGCAUCUGCUCCCGGCAUAAGCGGAGAACCAAGUUCGUCUGUACCUGCCCCGAAGAGUUCAAGGGGAAAUUCUGUGAAAUAGGUCCUGACGACUGCUAUGUUGGUGACGGCUACUCUUACCGAGGGAAAGUGAGUAAGACAGUCAACCAGCACUCCUGCCUUUACUGGAACUCCCACCUCCUCUUGCACGAGAAUUACAACAUGUUUAUGGAAGAUGCUGAUACCCAUGGGAUCGGGGAGCACAACUUCUGCAGAAACCCAGAUGGAGAUGAAAAGCCCUGGUGUUUCGUUAAAAUAAACAAUGCAAAGGUGAAAUGGGAGUACUGUGACAUCCCAGCUUGCUCAGCCCUAGACAUUGUUGACCCAGAGGGAAGCCCCACAGAGCCUCUGACCAAGCUUCCAGGGUUUGAGUCAUGCGGGAAGACUGAGAUGGGGAAGGUCAAGAGGAUCUACGGAGGCUUCAAGAGCACAGCGGGCAAGCACCCAUGGCAGGCAUCCCUGCAGACCUCAUUGCCAUUGACUGCCUCCAUGCCCCAGGGCCACUUCUGUGGGGGCUCACUGAUCCACCCCUGCUGGGUGCUUACUGCUGCCCACUGCACUGACAUAAAAACCAAACAUCUGAAAGUGGUGUUAGGGGACCAGGACCUGAAGAAGACAGAAUUCCAUGAGCAGAGAUUCGGGGUGGAGAAGAUUUUCAAGUACAGCCACUAUAAUGAAAGAGACGAGAUUCCCCACAAUGAUAUUGCUUUGCUCAAGCUAAAGCCGGUGGAUGGUCACUGUGCUCUGGAAUCCAAAUAUGUGAAGACUGUAUGUUUGCCCGAUGGUGCCUUCCCCUCUGGGACUGAGUGCCACAUCUCUGGCUGGGGUGUGACAGAAACAGGGGAAGGGUCCCGCCAGCUCCUGGAUGCCAAGGUCAAGCUGAUUGCCAGUACUUUGUGCAACUCCCACCGACUCUAUGACCACAUGAUCGACAACAGCAUGAUUUGUGCAGGAAACCUUCAGAAGCCUGGAAAAGACUCCUGCCAGGGUGACUCGGGAGGCCCUCUGACCUGUGAGAAGAAUGGCACCUACUAUGUCUAUGGGAUAGUGAGCUGGGGCCUGGAAUGUGGGAAGAAGCCAGGAGUCUACACCCUAGUGACCAAAUUCCUAAAUUGGAUCAAAGCCACCAUCCAAAGGGAGACUAGCUUCUAAGGUGUCUUCUUAACCUGAGAGCCCAUUCUCCUUAGCAUCCAGACAAGGCACACCCUCAUGGGCAGCACGGACACCCUUGGCGUCCCUGGGAGGCCAUACAGCCAAGAGUCUGCACCCUACACAGAGACAACAGCCGCCCAGCCUGGCGCAUCCUGGACCAAGAUAUGCCAGAAGCAACGCAGCCUGUAUUUUGUUUGCUUCCCUUCAAACGAUGGUACCUUCUAGAAAACCACAGACUGCCUUUACCUCGGACAUUUGCAAAUGUGGGAUUAAAGAAUGACCAGAGCCACUGGAAGUCACCUUUACGUCUUUAUUCCUCAUGCCAGACACCCAAAGUACACAGCAGAACGGGUCACCCCCUUCCAGGAUGACCCGGAGGACCGAAAAUACGACAUUCUCCGUAGCUUUCUAAGAGUCGUUAAGUAAAGCGGCUCAGGGAAUGGGCUGGUGUGUCAUGUUUUUUUGUUUUUUGGUUUUUUUUUGGCUUGCUGGAACAGAAGCAUGUCUCUGGUGGGCACAAUUCCUCCCCAGCCGCUCUCCCAAGAAUCCUGGGUGGAUGCUGCGUGCUCACAAGGGCAGACCCCUCCUCCUUUUGACGUGCAGAAUCUCCAUGGCGUCUGGGUUCACGUCCCCCCUCUGAUUAUCCGCGGGCUCCACAGCCUCUGGUCCCCCCUGCAGGAAUCAAACAUACCUCCCUGAGUCCGAACGAAGCUUCCGCCCCGCUCCCACACGCGAGCUGCCUAAGAUGCCCCCGGAGCAUUUAAAACAUUCUCCCUCCCCUGCCCUUCCCUUCCUCCACCCUCCCCAAGAAAAACGAUCCUCGAGGCAAGAAGGAGAGCGAAGCAAAGCCAAUCUCUCAUUUAGACGUGGUGUCUUUCUUCUGAACAAAGCAGGGUUCAAAACCCGGACUGUUGCAGCCAGCGAGUCCCUGACCCUUUCUGCAAAUGUAACGAGCAAGCAGUCAGCACAGCCUGGGCUUCUGUGGCCCGGGAUUGAUGUAGCCCCGGUAGGUUUGUCUCCGCAGAACUAAUGGCUGUGACUUCAGAGAAAACCCUGCAGGAAGUUUAACCCGGGUGUCAUCCGCCUGGUCAUCUCAGACCCAUGAAAUUAGGCGCCUUGCUCGAGCUGCAUUUCACACUUCUUUAGAGCCGGCUGACCUUUGGCCAAAAAUAAAGUUUGAAAAGAAACAA